GGAUGGUUUGAUAAGAUGUGGAAGGUGUGCCACUUUCUAGUUGACUACCGACUCGGCAUCAGUUAUCUGCAAAAAGUAGACUCCAUAUAAAAAGAAGGCCGAUUCCACAAGAAACAUUUAUUCGGGUGAGUCUUGUGAUCAUCACAGCAAGCGAUAUAUUUGAUUUCCAAAGCCUGAAUUUUGGAUUCUUUCAAGCAUAUUGAUUUAGAGCGCUUGCGAAAAUUUUUUUUAAAUUACGGAAUUGGUUUGAAAAAAAAAAAGGACAAUCGGAACGUCAGGAAGAAAUGGCCUCAUGGACAAAUUUAACAAACUCAUCUGGUAUCUUCACCCUAGAGCUCUGCCACCAGGUGAAUAAAGGCGACAGCAGCACCUACGAAAACGUGCUUGUGGCUUCUUGUGUGAUCAAUUCGGUGUUCGGUUUGAUAUCCUCUUGCGCUAACUUCUUUGUAGUUCUUGUCAUCGCUAGGACCACGUCACUCCAUACGCCCUCGAAUCUUCUCAUCCUUGGACUGGCUGCCUUUGACCUUGGGGUUGGAUUACUAGUUCAACCUUCGUUCGUUGUUAGGUCGUACGGGGAGCUUACAAAAAACUCUAUGGUGUUUUGCUACGGCUGCAGGAUCUCCGAGUUCACUGCUAGCUCGGUGGCGGUUGGUUCCGCUUUGGUAUUGACUUGGAUAUCUGUUGAUCGAUAUUUGUCCGUGAGACUUCAUCUGAGAUAUCGUGAAAUCGUAACUCCGACAAGAACCUGCCAUGUGCUUCUAGGAACGUUCUUAGCCGCUGUCUGUAUAGCUUUUUGGAGGUAUUUUCUCCCUCAUACUCUUGCUUUGUCGCUUAGCAUUAUUACCUUCGUUAUAUUGCUGGUAGUAGUGAACGUAUUUUGUUAUGCCAGCGUUUUUAAGACAAUCUAUCGUCUCUCGAGAAAAGUGUUCUCGCUAGAAGGUUUAUCUAGGAGCUAUCUAGAGACCUCGCAAUCACAAAGGGAUAACCUGCAAGAGUUGGCACAAACUUCAAACCGAAGACACGAACAAGGACUACAAGCAUCACAUUCUGCUAAGCUGCAGCAGGAACAACAGCAACAACGACAACAACAACAGCAGAAACGACAACAACAGCAGAAACGACAACAACAACGACAACAACAACAGCAGAAACGACAACAGAAACGACAACCACAACAGCGACGUCAACAACAGCAACAACGACAACCACAACAGAAAAGUCAACAACAACAACAACAACAACAACCGCAGCAGCCCAGUCAUGGACAGCAAGAACCACAUCAGAGAAGGCUUUUUCAGAAUGGACAACAAGCCACACAUGAAUCCGAACAGCUUCGAUUGCGAGAACAAAAAAACAAGCUCAAGCAAAAUAAAAACAAGAAAGAUCCGGAAAGCGUCGCAUCAGAUAUCAUAACUCAAGGCAGCCCGUGGCAACCACAAAUACCAACACAGGGGCAAAUAAGCGAUUAUCAGCAUCUGGGAGCUUUUGUUAUUUCCCCGUUGGUGCCAGAAGUCCCAGGAAAAGAAAUACCUUACCAAGAUAACAAUCCUCUUCAGAAAGCACAAACAAUGAUAGGCUCAAUUGUAUCUCCGGAGGGAUAUAAGGGACAACCUUCCAAAAGACGACUGAAAAUACUCCAACGUAUCAAUGUCCUGAAGGAGAAAAAGAACAUCUUCACCAUAUUGUACAUUAUACUGGCGUCCGCUAUUUUCUAUGUUCCUUACAUCUUAACAAUGAUUAGCAUAGCCUUAUAUGGGUUUAUUCUACCUGUUCGAUGCAUGUUCUCAAUUGCGACAACCCUCGUUUUCCUGAACUCGUCAGUGAAUCCUGCGGUUUAUUGCUAUCGCAUCAAAGAGAUUCGCCGCGCGGCCUUGAAAACGCUGGGCGUGGAACAAACACGUGGCGCCAGGAUCCACCCGCUGAACAAGAAGAUUCACCAGGAGAACACUGGGCGUGGCACAAACACGUGGCGCCAGGAUCAACCCGCUGAACAAGAAGACUGACCAGGAGAACAAUGGGCGCACAAACACGUGGCACCAAUAUCUACCCGCUGAACAAGAAGACUGGCCAGGAGAACACUGGGCGUGGCACAAACACGUGGUACCAGGAUCUACCCGCUGAGCAAGAAGAUUCACCAGGAGAACACUGGGCGUGGCACAAGCAUGUGGCGCCAGUAUCUACACGCUGAACAAGAAGAUUCACCAGGAGAACACUGGGCGUGGCACAAACACGUGGUACCAGGAUCUACCCGCUGAGCAAGAAUAUUCACCAGGAGAACACUUGGCGUGGCACAAACACAUGGCGCCAGUAUCUACACGCUGAACAAGAAGAUUCACCAGGAGAACACUGGGCGUGGCACAAACACGUGGCGCCAGGAUCUACCCGCAGAACAAGAAGAAUGACCAGGAGAACACUGGGCGUGAAAUAAGCACGUGGUACCAGGAUCAACCCGCUGAACAAGAAGACUGACCAGGAGGACACUGGGCGUGGCACAAGCACGUGGCGCCAGUAUCUACACGCUGAACAAGAAGAUUCACCAGGAGAAUACUGGGCGUGGCACAAACACGUGGUACCAGGAUCUACCCGCUGAGCAAGAAUAUUCACCAGGAGAACACUGGGCGUGGCACAAACACGUGGCGCCAGUAUCUACACGCUGAACAAGGAGACUGACCAGGAGAACACUGGGCGUGGCACAAGCACGUGGUACCAGGAUCAACCCGCUGAACAAGAAGACUGACCUGGAGAACAUUAGGCGUGCACAAACACCUGGCGCAAGGAUCAACAUUACAAUGUCGAUCAAAUAAUACAAUAGGCUAUUAUUAUUACAUCUCCCUUCUUAAAGAAUUUGAUUUAAAAGGCAUUUAAAACAAAUUAAUAAAAUAUACAAUGUUUGCGUUAUUUACACGCUAUAUUCUAAAAGCUGAAAUAAAACGAUUAUAGUGUUCAUAGUCUAUAUCAAAAAUCAAAUCUAUUCGUCGUACCCAUAUCUAGUAGGUGCGUUGCGAGAUCUGUUUGAUCGGCGAAGUUCGGGUUGUUCUUUGGGUGCCGUUGGUUGUUCCGUAGGAGAGUCGGGCUGCUCUGGUUCUGGUAGUUUUACUUCGGGAGCUUGUUCGUUGGUCUUAAGAAGGUGUCGUCGAUUUCGUCUUAGCUCCUGACCUGUCUCUGUCUGUAUGAUGUAUGAGCGAGGAGUUCCAGCUUCUUGUUUGACAGUUGCUGGUAUCCAUUUCUUCUUGUCAUAGACUCUCACUCCCUCGUUAGGUGUAAGGGGUGCUAGUGGUUUUGCACCUCUAUUGAAGUAUUUGGCUUGUUUGUCUUGACAUGCCUUUAGCUCUUCCCUAACGCCAGUAGGGACACUAGGAACUAGUAAUUCCUUGUUGACAGGAAGCUUAGAUCUUGUAGUGCGGCUCAUAAGAAGUUGAGCAGGAGAGUAGCUCAUUCCUGUUACUGGGGUGUUGCGAUACUCCAGUAGUGCAAUGUACGGAUCGUCAGAUUUCUUCAGGAUGCGCUUUAUUAUCUGUACAGCCUUCUCGCUGCGUCCAUUGGACUGUGGAAAUCGGGGACUACAUGUUGUAAGUUUGAAGUUCCAGUCUUUGGCGAAAUCCUUAAAUUCCUUUGAGUUGUAUGGCACGUUGUCUGCCACGAGUUCUUCAGGAAUUCCGUGCCUUGCAAAGAUCGAUUUCAUGUGUGAUUUUACUGUAGCGGCUGUCUUGUCACGCAAUAGACAAACUUCAAUAAAUUUAGAGUAGUAAUCAACUACAACUAAAUAGUCCUUUCCCUUAAGUUCCAUUAGGUCAGAUCCAACUUUUUGCCAGGGUCGUUCCGGUCGUUCAUGUGGUAGCAUUGGCUCUUUGAUGUUCUUAUGCUGGUGUUCCAUGCAGACUUUACAUUUGCUGACUUUUUCGCAGAUGUCACGCGACAUACCAGGCCAAUAAAUAAUAGCUCUGGCACGCGCUUUGCUUUUUUCUAUGCCGAGAUGGCUUUCGUGAAUGAGGUUUAACAUCGUUUCCCUCAUAGAUGUAGGAAUAAUUAGUUGAUUUCCCUUAAAAAGUAAGCCUUCAGCCUCACUAAGUUCGUCUCUAAUUGUCCAGUAAGGUGCAAUGAUUGGUUUGACCUCUCUCUUGUGGCUGGGCCAUCCCUUAAUUAGUUGUUUUCCUAACUCUUGUAGGGUCACGUCAUUUUCGGAUGCGUGUUUUAGCUCUAAGAGCCUGUCAGUUGUCGCCGGGAUUUCCUUGACAAAACUGUGGACACAAACUUCAAUGUCCUCAUUGAGAUCCUGUUGUUCGUCCGUGUCUUCAAUCAGAAAUGCCCUUGACCGGGUACAAAGCGUACAGUGAUGUUGUAUUUCUGUAAUCUGAUAAGUAGGCGUUGAAUGCGACAAGGUGCUUGAGAUAAUGGUUUAGCCAUUAUCGCCUCGAGUGGCUUGUGAUCGCUGUGCACGAUUAUGUCAUUUCCGUAGAUAAACUGGUGAAAUCGCUCGCACGUGAAGACGAUCGCCAACAGUUCCUUUUCGAUCUGGGCGUAGUUUCUCUCAGCAUCCGUGAGUGAUCGUGAAGCGUAAAUUACAGGGUGUCCCUCCUGAAUCAAACAUCCUCCCAUUCCGUUUUGUGAGGCGUCACAUUGUAUAACUAUUUCUUCAUUGAUGUCAAAAUAGCGUAGUACUGGGCUAUUUGUUAGCGCUUCUUUUAUCUUAUCCACUGCUUGUUUGUGUUCGUCAUACCAAACCCAUUGUGCGUUCUUCUUUAGAAGUGACCUCAAAGGUGCCGUGAUUUCUGACAUAUUCGGUAUGUAUUGUGACAGGUAAUUGACCAUGCCAAGUAAUCGUUGUAGAUCUUGUUUGGUUUCCGGUUGUGGCAUUUCCUUAAUUGCCUUUAUUUUCUCUGGGUCAGGUUUAAAUCCGUCGGCUGUGACAAUAUUUCCAAGAUAUUUGACUUGAUUCACGCGUAGUUGGAUCUUGUCACGGUUAAACCUGAUGUUACGUUUCCUUGCGCGUAGUAACACACGGCUCAGAGCUUCGUCGUGCUCCGCCUUGUCGCUCCCUGCGAUGAUGAUGUCAUCGUGUACCGCUAAAACUCCAGGAAUGUCACUGAAAUUAUCAUCAACCAUUUUCUGUGCUACAUCAGCAGCUACAGAAAUUCCAAAAGGCAUUCUAUCGAACUUGUGUCUCCCGAAAGGCGUGUUGAAUGUGCACAAGUACGAAGAUUCCUCGUCGAGUUUCUUGUGCCAAUAACAAUUGGACAUGUCAAUCACGGUGAAAAUCCUUUUUCCGCUCAGUUUGCUUGACAAUGUCUCUGCGGUUGGCGGCUUGUAGUGCUCGCGCUUGAUUGCAUUGUUCAGUUCCUUUGGAUCUAAACACAGACGCAAGGUUCCGUUUUUCUUUUCUACGAUAACUAAACUGCUAACCCAGUCUGUCGCUUUUUCCACUUUGCUUAUGACACCCAUUCUGGUCAACUUCUCCAGGGUUUCCUUUAACUUGGGCAUCAGACUAAGGGGUACCUUGCGUGGCGGAUGGAUUGUAGGUUGAGCCUCAUUACUCAAAGUGAUAUGGUACUCGCCAUCCACGAGUCCAAGUCCUUCAAAAACAUCAAUGAAUUCGUUGAGAAUUUCUGCAUCUCCUUUGCUUAUUUCGCUCACGUUUCUGCCGAUUCUUAUCAGUUCUAAUAUCCGGCAUGUCUCUAGACCGAUAAGGGGUUUUGCUUUGUUAGCUCUGACAACAUAGAAUUCCGCGGCUAACUCAUUUCCGUCGCGUCUCACAGCGAGAGAACAUUUUCCCAACAGCGGUAUUUUCAUUCCACCAUAGGCACUCAGCCUGAUAUUUGCAUCUUGUAGCCUUGGUUUUUGCGGCAGUGAGUUGUAAAUUUCUUCUGGAAUAACAUUGCAUUGAGCUCCAGUAUCAACCUUGAAUUUGAUAUCUUUGUUUUCCAUGUUUCAGCCUGAUAUUUGCAUCUUGUAGCCUUGGUUUUUGCGGCAGUGAGUUGUAGAUUUCUUCUGGAAUAACAUUGCAUUGAGCUCCAGUAUCAACCUUGAAUUUGAUAUCUUUGUUUUCCACGUUAAGGGUAACAAAGAGUUCAUUGGCGUCGCUUUUUGUUGAGUCGAUCUCGCCAAGAAAUAACUCGUCAAUUGAGUCGUCGCUCUCUGAGACGCUGUCCUUUUCCAAGUCGUGAACUUUCUUGGGCGGGACUUCCUUCGACUUGCACAUAGAUGAAAAAUGAUUUUUUCCGUUGCAUUUGAAACAUUCUUUACCAAAUGCUUUACAUUCUUUUGGCUUGUGGGAGGAACCGCAACGUCCACACGUUUUCCUGUCCUCUCUCUUAGGGUUACGCUAGUUAUGCUGUUUUUGGUUUCUCCUAGCUGUUCCUCUUUUGUUUAGGGCGGCUGCUUCGAGACUUGCACCAUCUUUCAGAUUUUCUAUCUGCGUUUUACUCGUCUCGGCGGCUCUAACAGCAUUGAUAGCAGUGUUAAGGGUCAGUUCGGUGUUUCUGAGUAGUCGCUCCCUAAUACUAUCACUAUCGAUUCCACAAACAAUCCUGUCUUUAAUAAGACUGUCUUGGAGUGUUCCAAAUUCACAGGUCUUGGCUUUGGACCUUAGAUCUGUUACAAAUACGUCGAUAGACCGACCAUUUUGUGCGCACGAGUUGAAAAUGUAUCGCUCGUACGUCACAUUCUUCUUUGGCGUGCAGUAUGCCUCAAACUUGCUGAUUAUCGGUUCAAGUUUGUCCGUUUCAUUAUAUGCAAAAGUGAAAGUGUCGUACACUUCUAGUGCGUCUUCCCCAAUCGUGUGCAGGAAUAUGGCGCACCUAGUAGCCUCAGGCUUCGACUCCGCUCCACUCGCCUUUGCGUAGAGGUUCCAUCUCUGACUCCACUUUCGCCAAUUUUCUGCGAUAUUUCCUUCCAACUUCAGGGGUCCCAUUGGUUUCAUGUGUUCCAUUUUGAGCACUUUCUGACACCAUGUAAUGAUCCGAGCUUUGUAGAAGAUGAAGGAUAGUGUAGGAUGGAUAGCGGAAUAACGUACUCCAAGGGUAGUGAUUGAAUAGUGUUUAUUGAUGGUCGAGCUAAAGCUUAUACGUGAUUACAAAUGGGUGCGGUUAUCUAGUAUUGAUUACAAUGUCGAUCAAAUAAUACAAUAGGCUAUUAUUAUUACAAACAUGCUGAACAACAAAACUGACCAGGAGAACACUGGGCGUGGCACAAGCACGUGGUACCAGGAUCAACCCGCUGAACAAGAAGACUGACCAGGAGAACACUGGGCGUGGCACAAACACGUGGUACCAGGAUCUACCCGCUGAGCAAGAAGAUUCACCAGGAGAACACUGGGCGUGGCACAAACACGUGGUACCAGGAUCUACCCGCUGAGCAAGAAGAUUCACCAGGAGAACACUGGGCGUGGCACAAACACCUGGCGCCAGGAUCUACUCGCUGAACAAGAAGAUUCACCAGGAGAACACUGGGCGUGACACAAACACGUGGUACCAGGAUCAACCCGCUGAACAAGAAGACUGACCAGGAGAACACUGGGCGUGGCACAAGCACGUGGCGCCAGGAUCAACCCGCUGAACAAGAAGACUGACCAGGAGAACACUGGUCGUGGCACAAGCACGUGGUACCAGGAUCAACCCGCUGAACAAGAAGACUGACCAGGAGAACACUGGGCGUGGCACAAGCACGUGGCGCCAGUAUCUACACGCUGAACAAGAAGAUUCACCAGGAGAACACUGGGCGUGGCACAAACACGUGGUACCAGGAUCUACCCGCUGAGCAAGAAUAUUCACCAGGAGAACACUGGGCGUGGAACAAACACGUGGCGCCAGUAUCUACACGCUGAACAAGAAGAUUCACCAGGAGAACACUGGGCGUGACACAAACACGUGGUACCAGGAUCUACCCGCCGAGCAAGAAUAUUCACCAGGAGAACACUUGGCGUGGCACAAACACAUGACGCCAGUAUCUACACGCUGAACAAGACGAUUCACCAGGAGAACACUGGGCGUGGCACAAACACGUGGCGCCAGGAUCUACCCGCAGAACAAGAAGACUGACCAGGAGAACACUGGGCGUGAAACAAGCACGUGGUAUCAGGAUCAACCCGCUGAACAAGAAUACUGACCAGGAGGACACUGGGCGUGGCAAUCUACCCGCUGAGCGAGCAAGAAGAUUCACCAGGAGAACACUGGGCGUGGCACAAGCACGUGGCGCCAGUAUCUACACGCUGAACAAGAAGAUUGGCCAGGAGAACACUGGGCGUGGCACAAACACGUGGUACCAGGAUCUACCCGCUGAGCAAGAAUAUUCACCAGGAGAACACUGGGCGUGGCACAAACACGUGGCGCCAGUAUCUACACGCUUAACAAGAAGAUUCACCAGGAGAACACUGGGCGUGGCACAAACACGUGGCGCCAGGAUCUACCCGCAAAACAAGAAGACUGACCAGGAGAACAUUGGGCGUGGCACAAGCACGUGGUACCAGGAUCAACCCGCUGAACAAGAAGACUGACCAGAAGAACACUGGGCGUGGCAAUCUACCCGCUGAGCAAGAAUAUUCACCAGAACACUGGGCGUGGCACAAACACGUGGCGCCAGUACCUACACGCUGAACAAGAAGAUUCACCAGGAGAACACUGGGCGUGGCACAAACACGUGGCGCCAGGAUCUACCCGCAGAACAAGAAGACUGACCAGGAGAACACUGGGCGUGGCACAAACACAGGGCGCCAGGACCACGAAGUUUGAAAAGUCAUAAUAGGUGACUUGUACUAAGGAAUCAACUGACUUAUUGGGGUGCUCAAAAAGCUGCUCAAAAAGCAAAAAGCAGCUUGUAAGAGACAUAAAUGUGGACUUUAGAAGCACACUAGCAUACACACAUUGGCACCAGUCUGGCCAAGACGGGACGCUAGCACAGUCACUGGACGAAAUAAAGAAUUUAAGUGCAUUUAAGACAUAUCCGAAAUGUACCUUAAAUUUACUACUGUCUAUAUGUUGCAUUUAAAGGCCACACUUAAAGUCAGUAGUGACUUUAAAAAGAUUUAAGUGUUUAUUUAAGGAUUAUUAAAUGUACUAAUAACUUUAAGGUCAAAUUAAAGUUGUCUUAAAGACAUUAGUAACUUUAAACAACUUUCUUGCUCUUUAUUGAUUACUUAUAGUUAUCAAGAGAUUUAAUCUAGACGAAAUAAAGAAUUUAAGUUACAUUUAAGUGGGGCUCUUAUAGUCAGUAGCAACUUUAAGUAAAUAUUGAUUGUUAACUUAAAUUCCUUUAAAUGUAGUAUUGACUUUAAGUAACUUUCUUUGCCUUUAUCGAAAACUUAUAAUCUUUAGGAGAUUUAAGUGUCUUUCAUUAGUUCUAAAUUUCAUCAUAUUCGUUGGACUUAGAAAAUAUUUUCCGUAGUUUAGAAGUUAAUUUAGUUUCUUAACAUAAUAUUUUUUGGCUAAUAUCAGGAACGUUUUAUGAAACGCAUAUAAAUAGCUUAUAGAAUAUUCGUUUUCUUGUUUAACCAAGUGAUUUGUAUUUUGGCAGAAAGAAAAAGCGAUGAAAAAUUGAUAUUCGCAUUAUUUUAGGAUUACUUUGCCUUUAGCAGUAAUAAUAACAGCUUCACCGGCGGAGAGGAAGUCAGUCAUAUGCGAGAGAAAGUGACGCGCAAGCGUAUCUAUUGUUUUCCCUUCACGUGACUACCACGGCGGGCUAUUCGCAUAGCGUGUUUAUAAGUGUGACUUUGGUUCAUCUAACUUCUCUCUAAAUCCACGCCAAAAGAUGCGCUAUUUCUUUCAAUGACAUCAAAUCGAAUGGCAAAGCCUACCAAUGAAAACAUGUUGACCACAUAACCUUCAAGUUUGGAGGGAAAACAGAGCUUUAAAUGCGGGAAAUCAGCGACUGCGUGCGUGAGGUGAGAAUUCAACAGUGAAGACAGAACUUGCUGAAAUUCUCACCGAAAGGGAGCCUCAGAGACUUUCAGCUGCAUUUAACAGUAUUUUCAAAGCCUGAAGGAUGACAUAAAUAGAAAGUAUGAUGGAACACUGGAUGCUUGUAGGAAAUCAUGCAGACAGUACCAGACAGUCUUCAUAAAACAGCAGAAAGUCCUAAAUGCUGUGGAGACUAUUAACUGGCCAGAGGAGAAGAAGGAGAGAUUUGCCGAUGUUCUGAAUGAUGUACAAAACAUUUCAUCGGAGAAGAGCGAGGAAGAGGGAGAUGGGGUUGCCUUCUUCUUUAAAUCAUUGAAUUGGGAGAGAAAAAAGCUUAGAAUUUUGAAGGUGUUAGAAAGCCAUCACUGAGAAUGUAACUUAGUCGCAGGGCUUUGCUCAAGAUGGCAAAGAGAGUGAGAGGAGUAAGACGAUCAGACAGGCCCUGUCCAGAGAACACCAAGAAAUAGGCAGUAUUAAAGCGAACCUCCAAUGAGAUGCUUGACGGCAGUGCACCAAGACCUCUACAUACCUCUACCCCGCAGCGUCCAACACAAUCCAAUAGUAUUUAGUCCAUAUUUGUCAGCAGAGAAUAGGGUUAUGUUAGUCUAUUUCUUUUUAUAUCAUCAAUACAAAAUAUUUUUUUAAUCAAAUACGAUUUACAAGGCUCUUGUUAAUUUUUGGCUAGAGCUUUUCAGCAUUUUUAAAUAAUUUUAAAUAAUUUUCAUGAUGCUUUUGUCUCUAUUCUACAUUUGUAUAUACAUAUAAAAACAUGGAUUAUUUCCUACUUUCAUAAAUAUGCUUUUCAGUCAAGCUGACUGUUUGAUUUUUGUUCUACAUUAGUUUUCGGAGUUAGCAUUUUAUCACAUAAAAGAUAGCUUUUUAGAUGUAAGUUAUAAGAUUUGUAUAUCAAAUCAGAUUUCAUGCCAUUAUGCACAUGUAAGAGACGACUGAGGAUUUAAAUAAAAAUAGAAUGGAAGCUAAAAAA